AUGGAAGAAUCUCGUCACACCGUGAUAACCUCAAUUUGUUGGAUUGAACGAGGUGUUGCGGCCGAAAAGCCUCAAUAUGUCAAGCUGGAACCUCAGACGAUUAGUGAGCUGAUUCAGGGCUCUCAUCCUGAAAACACUGAAGACGAUCAGACUUCGGAUGCCGAAAUGGAACAAGAAGAACCCAAAAGCAAAGGAAUUAGAGGAAGCAAAACGAAUUUGACGACGGAAGAAGGCGAAGACAAGUACAACAUGGAAGGUUAUGAUAAGGAGAAGGAGGUGUAAGUUAUUUUGUUAUUUUUUACUUUGUUUUUAGGUAUGAAAGAUUGUGAAUUUGGUAUUAAAAGGACGAAAAGAGUCUACUCGUGGUUGUGUAAGCAGUUUCCGAUAGUAAAACGGUGAAUUUUCAGGGAACCAUCAAUGAAAGGAUUGUCAGUCUUCUCAUCGAAUUUGGAAGAUCCAUAUGUGACAAAAACUGCCGACAGUGAAGAUGAAGCUGAACAAGAAGACUUGAGUGUGAAAGCAGAAGAUAAUCUAGUUGCUGCUGCAAAAUUCGAAGGGGUAUGGGCUAUUUUUUUUAUGUUUUAUAUUGUUUUAGGUGACCAUUUACAUUAGCUGUGAAUUUUUGGGACUUUUAACGUUAAAAACUGGUGUCAACUCUUAAGUUCUUGUGGCUUUAAGUUUAACUUUUUAAUUUUCAGGACGACACAACUCUGGUUGUAUACCUCUACAACACUGACGGAGAUUUCUAUGUUCAUCAUGAUUACCCAAUCGCAGCUCCGAUUCUCUGCAUGGAGCAUAUAAAAUACGAUCCAGGAGUGGAAACUAAGAAAGGAAAUUUGUUAGCUGUAGCCACCAUGAAUCCAGUAAUUGAGCUAUGGGAUUUGGACAUUGUAAAUGCUGUAAAACCUUUGGGAACGUUGGGAGAAUUUUCGAAAAAAAGUCGAAAGAAGAGAGAUGGAAGUAGUCAAGGGCAUUCUGAUGCUGUUUUGAGUUUGGCAUGGAAUCGAGAGGCUGAUCAUUUGUUGGCUAGUGGUGGUGCUGACGAAAUUGUGGUGUUAUGGGACCUGGAUGAGGCCAAAGCUGCUCAGAAUAUGAACUUAGAGGGAAUGGUAAGGGGUUUUGGGGAAAUGGGUAUAACUUUGGAUUUAAAAUGAUUUUUUGAGUUUUUUUUAAAUUAAAAGAAGUUUUAAAAUUAAUUUUUUUUUAAUUUUAAAAUUUCAGGUCCAAACCCUAGACUGGCAACCCUCCCACGCCAGUGUACUAUUGUCCGGUUCAAGAUCAGGCAAAGUCCAAAUCAAUGACUGCCAAUCAGAUGAGUCGAUUCAAAUUUUCGAAAAGUCUGGAAUCGAAAUUGAAAAAGUUUAUUGGGACAGAUUUAACGAGAACAAGCUCUUCGUGAUGGGUAGUGAUGGAAUACUACGGUAUUUUGAUGCUCGACAACCAAAUACUGUAGUUUGUGAAGAGAAGUGUCAUGAAGGAGAAGGAGCUGUGUUUAGUCAAAGCGCCAGGAAUGGCAUGUUUUCGACUGCUGGUGAUGAGGUAAAAGCUUGUAAGGCGGUUGGUAAGGGCGAAAGUUGCAAGAACUUUCUUUGCAAACGAUAAAAUGGAAAACACUUUCUUUACAAAACAAAAAAUGGCAAGAACUUUUUUUACAAAACAAAAAAUAGUAAGAACUUUCUUUACAAAACAAAAAAUGGCAAGAACUUUCUUUACAAAACAGUUACUCAAAUCCCAUUCUACAUUCAAAUACCUUCAGGAAAUCAAAGUAUGGUCCCUAGAAAACGAUCAGUUCAAGCUCCUAAACACUGAAGCCCUCAACAUUGGAACAGUUCGAUCGGCCGCCUUCUGCCCCAACGUUCCAAAUGUGCUUUUAUUGGGCGGCGAGAAGAAGGACCUUAUCAGAAUAUACGAUGUGGCCAAACGACAGAAUGUAGUCAAUAAGUUCCCGGACCUAAAUCCAGCCGCAGAACCAGCUGCUGCCGAUCCAAAUCAAGCUGAUGAGGAGAUGGAUCAGUAA